AACGCGCCUGCGCAGAGUAGCGAAGGUUGGGUGGCGGUGGGGCUGUUGUCGUUCCUGCUCGCGUCCCGGCCGCCCUGCCUGCGUGCGGGUCGGGAGAAGGCGGGGUUUGCGGGCGCCGUCGGACCUGACGCGACGGCACCCCUGAGGAUGGCCCCGCGGGGACGCCGGUAGCGGCAGCAGGUCGCCAGGCAGCCUGGGGCCCACCUGGCAGGCAGCAGCCCGUCUCCGUGCCCUGUGGUGGCAGCAACAUGAGUGAGGUGUCAGUGAUUAAGGAGGGAUGGCUGCACAAGCGAGGGGAAUACAUCAAAACAUGGAGGCCCCGAUACUUCCUCCUCAAAAGCGACGGCUCUUUCAUCGGCUACAAGGAGAAGCCGGAAGCUGCCGAUCACAGCGCACCCCCUUUGAACAACUUCUCUGUGGCAGAAUGCCAGCUGAUGAAAGCCGAGCGACCCCGUCCCAACACAUUCAUCAUCCGCUGCCUGCAGUGGACGACAGUCAUUGAGCGGACCUUCCACGUGGACUCCCCAGAGGAAAGGGAAGAAUGGAUGCAGGCCAUUCAGAUGGUGGCCAACAGCUUAAAGACCCAGGCGGUGGAAGAGGAAGACAGGAUGGAUUACAAGUGUGGCUCCCCCAGCGACAGUCCAGGGGCCGAGGAAAUGGAAGUGGCUGUGACCAAGGCCAGAACCAAGGCGACCAUGAGUGACUUCGACUACUUGAAACUCCUGGGAAAGGGCACUUUUGGGAAGGUCAUCCUCGUACGGGAAAAGGCCACGGGGCGCUACUACGCCAUGAAGAUUCUACGCAAAAAGGUCAUCAUUGCCAAGGAUGAAGUGGCCCACACCGUCACGGAGAGCCGAGUGCUGCAGAACACGAGGCACCCCUUUCUCACGGCCCUGAAAUACGCCUUCCAGACCAACGACCGCCUCUGCUUCGUCAUGGAAUACGCCAACGGAGGGGAGCUGUUCUUCCACCUCUCACGAGAACGCGUCUUCACGGAGGAGCGUGCCCGCUUCUACGGGGCUGAGAUCGUUUCUGCCCUGGAGUAUCUCCACUCGCGGGAUGUGGUCUACCGUGACAUCAAGCUGGAGAACCUCAUGCUGGAUAAAGACGGGCACAUCAAAAUCACGGACUUUGGGCUGUGCAAGGAAGGUGUUUCCGAUGGAGCCACCAUGAAGACCUUCUGUGGGACACCGGAGUACCUGGCCCCAGAGGUGCUGGAGGACAAUGAUUACGGGCGGGCCGUGGACUGGUGGGGCCUGGGCGUGGUCAUGUACGAGAUGAUGUGCGGCCGGCUGCCCUUCUACAGCCAGGACCACGAGCGCCUCUUUGAGCUGAUCCUCCUGGAGGAGAUCCGCUUCCCCCGCACCCUCAGUCCUGAAGCCAAGGCCCUGCUGGCCAGCCUGCUCAAGAAGGACCCCAAGCAGAGGCUGGGGGGCGGCCCCAAUGAUGCCAAGGAGGUAAUGGAGCAUCGGUUCUUUGCUGCCGUUAACUGGCAGGAUGUGGUUCAGAAGAAGCUCAUCCCCCCUUUCAAGCCCCAGGUGACGUCCGAAAUAGACACGCGGUACUUUGAUGACGAGUUCACAGCCCAGUCCAUCACCAUUACGCCACCAGACCGAUACGACUGCGUGGACCCCCUGGACGCCGACCAGCGGACGCACUUCCCUCAGUUCUCCUACUCAGCCAGCAUUCGGGAGUAGGGCUGCAGCGCCUCCGGAGAGAGCACGGGGCCGGCCAGGGCCACCCACCCCGUCUGGCUGAUCCCGGCUUCCCAUUUCUGGGAGCCAAGCAGAGGAGCCUGAACCUGCCACAUCGACCCUUGCAGUCAGGACCAGCUGACUCACUUGCGCCCAGGUGUCCCUGCCCCCCCCCAUACCUCCCCCCUCCCUGCCUCUGGGCCACCACUGAAUGUCACAUGGAAAUUGCUUUGGCGUGUUUGGUGGCUUCUGAGGGCUGCGCUCUGGCACCGCGUUGCGUUGGCGGAAGGCAGGAAGCACCGUUCACUGCCUCACGUAUGGGCUGCCACCCUGGACGCCAGAGUGUGGAGGCCUUGGUGGCUUGCAGGGCUGUGCUAAGAGAGGCAGAGCCCCGAAAUCCCAGCGCCCUAUGGGAUAGUGGCCGGCUGGCCGGCCAGCGCUCGGGUGCCUCUUGAGGACAGUUGGCUUUUGGUGGAGCAGAGCAAUCCCCAUACCUCCGUGGGUGCUGCUGUUAAGAGGAAUGUGGAGUUGCCCUCCAGGUAAUGGGGAGCUGGCCCCCACUUAGAACAGGGGCCUUUUCAAGGUAAGCCGGGGGCCAGGCAAAACAGCUGCACCCUCCUGGCCCGUGACAGUCUGUAGCUGCUGCUUGCAAGGCCCAGGACUGGCCCUCGCUGGAGCGAUUGGGCCCAGCUGCCCCUGCCCAGUAGUUCAUCUGAAGGGGGCUGCCCUUGUGGAGCUGAGUUCCCUGGGCCAGGUCUUGUAGUGGCCCUGGCAGUGUUUCCCUCUCUUUCUCUCUCUCUCUCUUCAGCUGUGGAAGAUGGCUGCCUGCCUCUCCCAUCUCUGGCCCAGUGGGGUAGGCAGCCCCCUGACCUCUGGCCCUCCUCCUCAUGGCUGCAGGGCCCUGCCUUGGGAGGAAGGGAGGUUUGCCAGUCGGGGGCCUUUUGCCUUGCCCCCCAGGCCUAUGUGUCUUGACCGGGGAAGAAGCAGGCCAGUCCAGGCAGCCUGGAGCCGCUCGACUCUGCCAGGGCACAGAUGCUGCUCAGCUGAGUUGCCACAGAGGGCCCAGAAGCCACACGGCCAGACCCCCCCCCCCUUUGCUAAAGAGGAGGUUGUGGUCCUCUGGCAAGCAUGGCCGGGAGGUGGACUGACCUUCCUGAAGCUGGCAAACAGUCCGCAGGCCCCCCCACCCCCUGUGCAAAGAGUGGCAGGCCUCUAGGGAAAGGGGCUUCUCCAGCUGUGCUGCUGGCAGGCCAGAGCAGUCCCUCCUGCCUACCCAUGUGGCCUCUUGGGCAGGUACCAGAGGAUGCCACCUGGUGGGCUGGAAGACGCCCCCAAGGUUGCCUUUGCUCUAUCUGACUCUUCUAUUGACCUCAGCAGCAGCAGCAGCAGCCCUGGGGUUCCUGGGCUCCCUGGGUUUGGGGGACCUGCCCGUGCCAGAGACUUCUGCGAAUUCCACCAUUGCUCUGGGCUCCAUCACAAGUCUUCUUUCUACAAGGGGGGGGGGAGGGCAGGCAGCAUGAACCUGGCUGCAAACAUCCAUGGCAGCAGCCCUGCCUGGCUUCCCGUGUCUCAACUCUUGCAGGCAGCCAGUGGCAGUUGCCCGAUUCCACUGUGCACAGCCCCCAAGCAGGAAGGACGGGGGCUCCCCCAGGGCAUACGGCCUCCAGGACUCCCGGUCAGCUGCCCCUGGCGCGGCCUGCUUGCCUCGCAGGGUGGCUCCCAUCAGGCGCUCCUGCCCAAAGCCCCCUGAGAGUCGGGUGGGGGAACCCGGGCUGCUCCAGACCCACCGUGUGGCCUUCCUUCCACUGCACCCGAAGUGCCGGCAGCUCCCAGGCCUCCUUGAGCCUUUUGGGUCUGCCCAUCAGACCAAUCAGCCCAGUUCGGCUCCCUGGACUUGCAGGGCUGGGUGGGACCUGGCCCUCUGGGACGCCUGGGGUGGGGCAAGAAUAGUUUCCCAUGUUUGCUGUAGUUCUAAUUCAGAUUGACUAGUUUAACGUUGCCCCUGUUAGACGAGAGUGAAGCGCCCACUGGGCUGUAGCACGUUUUCUGCCCUGCUCGCUUCCCCACUGCUGGAAAUCAACAGCACUUCUGGCCCUCUGCAAACAGGGCCAGCUCGAGAUUCUGAGUUCCGUUUGUAAAAUAAAGGUUGCUGGAGUGUUUUUGUAAAUGUGGCUGAUAAGCACAAAAACUGGAAAGGCUUUUUUUUUCUUUUUUUUUGGUAAACCACGGAAUUGCCUUCCUCUACCCUCAGAUUUGUACGGUACAAGCAAUAAACUAUGUUAUUUCUUGGUUA